AUGCCCGCACAGAUCGGCCCCCCGCCCCCGGGCGGCCCCCCCGCCCCCGGGCAGCCCCCCCCUUCCAUCGACCCAGAGGGGACCGGGACCGCCCGGGAGCCGCCGAGCUGCGCCCCAGCGCGGCCGGGCCGGGGCAAGAGCGAGCAGCCCGCGGGCGGGUCCGGGCGGCGCUGGGGGGUGGGCGAGACCCUGGAGACCGUCGCCGACGGGCGAGCCGCUCCCUCGGCCUGCGCCCUGGGGUGCGGGUGUCCCCGCCGGCGGCAGCACGCCACCCUGCAGCGCUGGCCCGACAAGGUCACCCGGCGGCCAAACACGCGCGACCAUUCCGGGGCGUCUGCCCAGGAGCGGGGCCCGGGGGCCGCGCUGGCCGGCCGCGCACUGGGAAGGGUCGGAGAGCGGCAGGGAGCCCAGGGGAGAGCAGAGGCUCAGAGCGGCAGCAGCCCGCCCCUGGGCAAGGGCCGGAACGCUGCAGGCGCUCAGGGCUGGGAAGGGGGGGCUCAGCCGGGGCUCAGCCCAGCCGCCCGGGCGGUGCCGGCGGUCGGGAAGAGGCGCGGGAUCGGGCCGCGCCUGCAGCGGGCGGAUUUCGGUCCGAGAUCGGGGAGCCCUUGUGAGCGCGGGGGCGGCUGCGCAGUGCAGGCGUCGGGGGCUGGGGGGCCGAGUGCGGGAUCCCCGCACCCCGAGGAGCAGGGCUGGGGGUCCUCGCCAGUGCCCAGCUCGAGCCCGCUCUCCCGCAUGGCCCGCACUGGAGACCACGCCCCCGGCUCCUCCCCCGGGCAGAGACCACGCCCCCGGGCAGAGACCACGCCCCCGGCUCCGCCCCCGGGCAGAGACCACGCCCCCGGCUCCUCGCCCGGGCAGGGCCCACGCCCCCGGCUCCUCGCCCGGGCAGGGCCCACGCCCCCGGCUCCGCCCCCGGGCAGGGCCCACGCCCCCGGCUCCUUCCCCGGGCAGGGCCCACGCCCCCGGCUCCGCCCCCGGGCAGAGAGCACGCCCCCGGCUCCUCGCCUGGGCAGUGCCCACGCCCCCGGCUCCUCCCCCGGGCAGAGACCACGCCCCCGGCUCCUCGCCCGGGCAGAGACCACGCCCCCGGCUCCUCGCCCGGGCAGAGACCACGCCCCCGGCUCCUCGCCCGGGCAGAGACCACGCCCCCGGCUCCGCCCCCGGGCAGAGACCACGCCCCCGGCUCCUCGCCCGGGCAGUGUCCACGGCCCCGGCUCCACCCCCGGGCAGAGACCACGCCCCCGGCUCCUCCCCCGGGCAGAGACCACGCCCCCGGCUCCUCGCCCGGGCAGAGACCACGCCCCCGGCUCCGCCCCCGGGCAGAGACCACGCCCCCGGCUCCGCCCCCGGGCAGAGACCACGCCCCCGGCUCCGCCCCCGGGCAGAGACCACGCCCCCCGGCUCCGCCCCUGGGCAGAGACCACGCCCCCAGCUCCUCGCCCGGGCAGUGCCCACGGCCCCGGCUCCACCCCCGGGCAGAGACCGCCCCCGGCUCCCCCCCGGGCAGAGACCACGCCCCCGGCUCCUCGCCCGGGCAGUGUCCACGGCCCCGGCUCCACCCCCGGGCAGAGACCACGCCCCCGGCUCCUCCCCCGGGCAGAGACCACGCCCCCGGCUCCUCCCCCGGGCAGGGCCCACGCCCCCGGCUCCUCCCCCGGGCAGAGACCACGCCCCCGGGUCCUCCCCCGGGCAGAGACCACGCCCCCGGCUCCUCGCCCGGGCAGAGACCACGCCCCCGGCUCCUCCCCCGGGCAGAGACCACGCCCCCGGCUCCUCGCCCGGGCAGGGCCCACGCCCCCGGCUCCACCCCCGGGCAGAGACCACGCCCCCGGCUCCGCCCCCGGGCAGAGACCACGCCCCCGGCUCCUCGCCCGGGCAGUGCCCACGGCCCCGGCUCCACCCCCGGGCAGAGACCACGCCCCCGGCUCCUCCCCCGGGCAGAGACCACGCCCCCGGCUCCUCCCCCGGGCAGAGACCGCCCCCGGCUCCCCCCCGGGCAGAGACCACGCCCCCGGCUCCUCGCCCAGGCAGUGCCCACGGCCCCGGCUCCACCCCCGGGCAGAGACCACGCCCCCGGCUCCUCCCCCGGGCAGGGCCCACGCCCCCGGCUCCUCCCCCGGGCAGAGACCACGCCCCCGGCUCCGCCCCCGGGCAGAGACCACGCCCCCGGCUCCUCGCCCGGGCAGAGACCGCCCCGGCUCCCCCCCCCGGGCAGAGACCACGCCCCCGGCUCCACCCCCGGGCAGAGACCACGCCCCCGGCUCCUCGCCCGGGCAGGGCCCACGCCCCCGGCUCCACCCCCGGGCAGAGACCACGCCCCCGGCUCCGCCCCCGGGCAGAGACCACGCCCCCGGCUCCGCCCCUGUCGCGCCCUGGGCACGAGGCACAAUCCUACAUCCGGGCCUCCCGUGGUGGAGACGAGCCCGCCUCAGGGUAACCAUAGAGUUGGCCUUCCGCGAGCAAGAAGGGACUGACGCACACCAUAGAGAAUAA